AUGUUCAUUAUAGUCAUUGUGAACUUUGUCGUUCAAACAGAAGCUCAAGCUCAAGCUUAUCCUUUUAGAAGUUGUUUCCCAGGUUGUAUUGUGAGUUGUGCCAUUGAGAAGAAGUUUCCAACUGGUUUGAUGUGUCCAUUCACUUGUUUCAUGACUUGUCUUCCUCCUCCAACAUCAAAUAUUGUUUCUCCUCCUUCUCAAAUGAUUUCGGCAAACGAAAAAAUUGAUCAUAAUGAUUUUUACUGUAAACUUGGUUGUGCUACUCAUCAUUGUCUUCCUCUUUCUUCUCUCCAAAAUCCCAAUGUAGAAAAAGUUGUGGACUGUGUCGAUUCAUGCUCAGACAGGUGCUCCAACAAGAACUAGAAGCAAAUUUAUUACAUGUUAUUUUAUGAUAAAAAAAAAUGAUGUUUAAGUAUCAUAACAUAUGAACUAGUGUAGUUUGUAUCACUACAAUAUUCAAUCAAAAUAUUGUGCUAUAAGCAAAUCAACAGAUG